GACAGUACGUCGGUACACAAAUUUCAAAUUUGUUAAUUUGAAUUUUUAAUAACUGCGAUUUUAUUGUAAAAAUAUAUGUUUUUAUACAAUUAUAAUUAUUGAAAUAAUAAGAAGUGUAAAAGUGGUUUUGGAAUUAUAUAGAAUAGUGAACUGCGAUGGAAAAUAAUUAUAUGUCUCUUGAACCUUCUUUAGAAAAACAACUUAAAGGGCAUCGCAAAAGUAUAACAUCAUUAUUUUACAAUCCUAACGAACAACAGUUAGCAAGUGGCUCUUUAGAUAAUAGCAUAUUGUUAUGGGAUUUACGUGGGACGAUGCGAAGUUACAGAUUCCAAGGCCACGAUGAAGCUGUUAUGGAUGUAACAUUUUCUCCAACGGGAAAAUAUAUGGCUUCCGCCUCUCGAGACAAAACUGUUCGUCUUUGGGUACCAACUGUAACAGGAAGUACUGGUACAUUUAAAGCGCAUUCUCAGACUGUGCGAUCCGUUCAAUUUAGUCCCGACGGAACAAAGAUAAUAACAGCAUCAGAUGAUAAAAUUGUUAAGUUGUGGUCGAGUGAGAAACAAAAAUUUUUGGCUUCAUUUGUUGGUCACACAAAUUGGGUUCGUCGGGCUCGCAUCUCUCAAGAUGGAUCACUGAUAGCAUCAUGUUCUGAUGAUAAAACAACAAAAUUGUGGAACAUAGAAACUGGUGUAUGUAUAAAUACAUAUAAAGAUCAGAGCGCACAUGGGUUACAUUUGGCCUGGCAUCCAUCGAGUUGCUAUGUGGCUAUUGGUACUUCUAAGGGAAAUAUUAAAUUGUAUGAUGUUAGGACACACAAUCUUGUACAAUUCUACAGUAUACACAAUGAUGCUGUCACACAGCUUGCCUUUCAUCCGAGCGGAAGUUAUAUAUUAACUUCCAGUAAAGACGGGACUAUGAAGAUUCUUGACCUGCUGGAAGGUCAUCCAAUAUUUACAUUAACGGGACACUCUGGGCCGAUCAAUGCCGUAGCAUUCUCUCCUAGUGGACAAAAAUUUACCUCUGCUGGUGAUGACAAGCUGGUUUGUAGAAGACAUAUAUUAUUAAAGUUUAAAUAUACACUUAGCAAAUAUCAUAUAUUCUUGUCUUUUCAGGUCUUUAUUUGGAAGACUAAAUUCACUGAACUUUCAAAUCAAACAAAAGAAAAUGUCGGACAAAAUCAAUUAUCGACUCCCAGAUCACAGACCUCUAAAGGACAAUUGGAAACUGUGAUAUUUGAAUAUAAUCUAGCUUUUAACAAGCUUGAAUUCAGGGAGAAUUGUGGGCUUAGUAACUAGAUAUAAAUAACUAACUAUUUAUCAACGUAAUAGGGUGUGAAGAUGUGGUAUCAGUGCUAUCACAACACUAAGUAUCCUGUGAAAACUUUUGUCCACAUUGAUAAUGAUCCUCAUGAUUCUGUAAGAAGCAUCAGCUUCCAAGAUGCACCUAAUGCAAACAGUACUAUGAUAGAACCUGGCGAUAAUCAAGUGAAUGUGACAAGAACUGCUUCAAAUGUCGUAAGAAACAACUCAAAUUCUCAAUUUCACGGGGAUUGUCAAUCUAGUGAAUGUUCGUCAUACAGUGUGGGGCAUAUCAGCCAUAUUCCUCGUCAACCUCCUACACCGGCUACAUAUACAAUUCCAUCAAUUGUCGACAAGUCGAUUCAAUUCCAUAAUGAUGAAGACAUCUUUGGUAUGAUCAAACUAGGAGAUGACGAUGUAUGUUAUACAAGUGGUACUAUUGAAUGGGUAGGUCGUAAACGAAGCUUCCCAUUGAAUAGUGGUUUUAAAAUUCUAAGUCACAAAGAGACUAGUGAGCCGUUCUGUAAGAGAAAGAAACAAGUUGAGAAUGAAACUUACAUCAGUGGUGUUAACAAAUUAAAGGAGUGCGAUUGUGCUGAUGUUUUGCCCACUGUGAAUGCGAUUGUAGAUCAUCUUAAUGCGUUACACGAAGCGGUAGAUCUUGUUGAUUUACGACUCAACACAUUGGAGGAAGCCGUGAAUCCCAAUUGAUAAACAAUAAAUUAAUUUCAAAUGCAAUGAAUAAAAUUUAUAUAUAAAAAUAAAUAUUUAUUAAAAUAAA